CAUAAGAACCGCUUCCACACUAGUGAACAAUAGUCCCAUAUUAACUUUGCAAUGGCUUUUGUUAGAGAAAUAAGAUCUCUUCCUCUUUCCUCUCCUCUUCUUCUUCUGCAGUUUCUGAGUUUCAUUCUGAGCACUUUUGUCGACGUUGGUGGUGCUGCAACCGCUAAAGUUCCGGCCAUUUACGUGUUUGGUGACUCCACGGCCGAUGUCGGGAACAACAACUACUUGCCUGGGAGUGCUGCCAAGGCCAAUUUUCCGCAUAACGGUAUCGACUUUCCGUCUUCCCGCCCCACCGGCCGGUUCAGCAACGGCUACAACGGCAUCGACUUCUUGGCCACACAUAUGGGGUUUAGGAGGAGCCCUCUACCUUUCCUUUCUCUUACAAAUAAAACCAAUCACCAAGUUAUGAGAGGAUUGAGAGGAAUAAACUUUGCUUCUGGUGGAUCUGGAGUUCUCGAUUCGACGGGAAGCACCAUUACUCUGAGCAAGCAAAUUCAAUAUUUCGCAACAAUACAGUCGAACAUUACAGCGCGAACUUCAAGGGAGACAGCUGAAUACGUGAUAUCGAGAUCCCUCUUCCUUAUCAGCACCGGAGGCAACGACAUAUUCGCUUUCUUCUCGCAGAAUAACUCCCCUACCAAUUCGCAGAAGCGAAGAUUUACAGCUACUCUUGUUUCAGAAUGCACAAACCAUGUGAAGGCAUUAUACACUCUCGGGGCGCGAAAAUUCGGGGUCAUCGACGUCCCGCCUAUCGGUUGCUGCCCUUAUCCAAGAAGCCUAUCCCCUACAGGUGAUUGCAUCGAUUUACUAAACGAGUUGGCGAGAAGGUUUAACAGGGGUAUGGGAUCACUGAUGCAGAAUCUCAGCUCAACACUACAAGGAUUCAAGUACUCAAUUGGAAGUUCUCAUAAGGUGGUGCUACAGAUAAUAAGAUAUCCUGAUGCAUUCGGUUAUCGAGAGGUUAGAACCGCAUGUUGUGGAGCAGGCAGAUUUAAUGGCAAUUCUGGAUGCACACCAAAUGCCACCUAUUGUUCGAACCGCCGCCAAUACCUGUUCUGGGAUUUGCUGCACCCCACACACACAACAUCGAGGCUCGCCGCCCUAGCCAUAUUCAAUGGUUCACAGCAGUUUGCCGCCCCCAUAAAUUUCAGGCAGUUGAUAGAGGACUCAAACUAAGCUGGAUUGAUCGAUAUUCCAUGCAUUCUCGGUGUUUUACAUGCAAGUUUAUUUUAUACAGAAUAAACAAAGAGUGGAGUGGUGCGUCUUCUGCUAUGUAAAGAGUAGGGUGAUGAAAUAGUGUAAAGGUGCUUAGAUUUGUAGUAGUAACAUUGUUGUAAGAUGGUAAUUUAUGUGAUAUGUUGCUUACACUUUUGUUUA